AAAAGUUAAAAAGAUUAAAAAAAUUGUUUGUUUACUUUGUCAAGCGCCUACUGCUCACGUGUUUUUUAAGAGUAAAAUAAACUACAUUUUGAAUUCUAACUAGAACCGUGUUGUUUUAUUGUUAUUGCCAUUUUUGAACGUUUUUUGUUGUUAUACAUACUUCAUCAAAAUGGUUUUGAUGUGCUCAAUUCCACUAUGUAAAAGUGUUGCAUCAAAACAACACAAUGUUAAACUACACAAGUUUCCAGCAUCAGAAGAACUUCGGCAUUUAUGGAUAGACCGUAUUAAGGCAUAUUAUCCUAAUUUUAAAAUUAGCAAAUUCAGUUUAGUGUGUAGUAAACAUUUUACUGAAAUUGAUUUUUUUAAAACCACUAGAUCUACAUCCUUUUCACUGCGUAAAGAUGCAGUGCCCUCAUUAUUCGACGUUGAUGAAUGUGUAUAUGUUUUCAAUGAUGGUGAACUUGAUGGUGAUUCGGAUAUUACUAGCCCAUCUAUUGUUGAUGUUAUGGAAACUUCCAUAGGUGUAACUACACCUAUUACUGUUGAUGGUAUGGAAGUAACACCAUCAAAGAUGAAUGAUAGUUUUGAUAUUGUUGAAGUUACACCAACAUAUUCAUUUUGUAAAGAUGCAGUAUCCCCGUUGCUUGAUGGUGAUUCAGAUAUUACUAGCCCAUCUAUUGUUGAUGUUAUGGAAACUUCCAUAGGUGUAACUACACCAAUAAAGAUGAGUAAUAAUUCCAAUAUAUCUGAACCAUCCAAAGCUGAUGUCAUGGAAACUUCCAUAUUGGAUAUUCAAGUACCAGUAACUCCAAAAAGAAUGAGGAAUACCUCCAAUAAGCCUAUGGAAAGAAAAUGGGUAUUUGGUGAUUUUAAAGCUGAUGACUUGAAUACUCCGAGAAAACGCAAACGAUAUUGGGAUAUAUCACAACAAAAUGUAUCCAAAUACAAAUCUAAAACAAAAUUGUUGCAAAAUAAGAAUACGUGGUUGACCAAGAAAGUGAAAAAUUUAUGUCAAUUGAUCGAUCAUCUCAAAGAAGAGAACAAAAUUUCAGAAAACUGUUUUUCUCAUCUUAAGGUUUGUACCAAAAGAAUAAAUCAGAAACCAUAUAAAUAUACAGGGUUAAAUUCAAAUUCAGAUUAAUAAUCCUUAAAAAUGGUUUUACAAAAAUAUAAA